AUGACGCAAGAGACCGUUCCCGGAUCACCUGGGUCUGAAGACCCUGACGCAAUGGCAGCACAGCUCUUGAGCCAAUUCAGUGGCCUCGCAGCUCAAAGGAUAUCCGAUAUGCACGAAACUCGAAACGAAGAAAGGUUACGGGGGUCUCAGUCGUCAAAGAGAAAUGAAUUGGUUUCUUCCUCUUUUGAAGUUAUCGUACCGAUGGCUACCAAACCCAGCGACUACAAAUACCUGCCGGGUCAUUUUACUGUCAACCGUAUUUUGAAAAUGAAUUCAGACAAUAUCAAAAACCCCCUCUACACUGUCAGGCUCCAAAGUGGGGAGCGACAAACUAUGACGUUCGAUCAAUUCAUGCAGCUAGAAAAUAGCACAGAAGCUCUAGACCGGUUCAAUCCUGACUCCAAUCCCGAGGAUGACCCUGCAAAUGUCGAAACUCGCGGAAGCGUCCGAAGUCGUCGCAGUUUGCGCAAAGUAGCCCUGACUGGCGAUGGUGCGGGAUCAACAUAUGAAGAUUCUGAGUCGUCUGGACUUCGCUCUUCUCGACGAUCUCGCCGCGGCGCUACUACAUCUGGCCAGUAUACCUCAUACUUUGCUGUUGAGGCCGAAAGCGAGGAAUCGGAUGACUCUGAAAGUUCUACCGAUGAGCUUUCUGCUCGCCCCAACACUCGACGCAACCUACGACGGAAAGCGAAUCACAAUAGCCGCGCAUCAUCUUCUACCGACAAUCGCCGAAAUCACAUUGAAGGAACCCGCAAAUCAUCUAGAAGAUUGGAUUCCCGGAAGAGCAUGCGAGAGCGGCACGAGGACGAUGUAUCAGAAGUCGAAAGUACACGUUCCCGGCAACAAAAAUACACAGGAGCCCGAGAGGUCUUUCAAGAGCUCUCACGAGAUAACGACUUCAGGCAACGCCAUUUUGCAUGUUGCUCAACAUGUAAUUAUUAUGAAGAUGACGAUGAGAAAGGCCUUCUCGUAUUUUGUCAAGGUUGUAGCUCAUCAUACCAUCAGCUUUGCCUUGGCCCUCGCGCAAGUCGAGAACAUCUCGUGACCAAGAUUGACGAAGGGAAUUUUGUCCUUCAGUGUCGUCGCUGUCUUGGUAUGUCUCAUGUCAAGCACGAUAUUCGACCUCAUCUUGGAUACUGUGCAGUGUGCAGAGAGGCAGGAGCAAUGUCCGAGCCCCUUCGAGAACGUCUGACCUCUAAAGAGGAACAACAGCAACGGCUAGAAAAUGGUGGCACAGAUCCAGUCACCAGCAUUGAUAUGACCCAAGCUGACAACCCUGACAAUGUUCUUUUCCGAUGCACUAGUUGUCAACGAGGCUUUCAUGUUGAACACCUUCCGCCAAUGAAUGAAACUGACGCCUCUGAGAAUUUCAACGAAUACAGCAUACAUUGGCAAUGUCCUGACUGUGCCAAAGCACCGGGUGAAAUUGAAGCACUUUUGGCUUGGCGUCCCAUUCAAUCUCAAGUCAACGCAACGAAGAACGUCUCUCUAGCUGAACUUGUCCCCGAGAUUGAUAAGGAGUACCUUAUCAAAUGGAAGACCAAAUCUUAUUUCCGUGCAACUUGGAUGCGGGGCGAUUGGGUCUGGGGCCACAGCAACCAUGCCAUGAUACGCGCCUUUUACAAAUCUUCGAAGUCUGGAAAACCGACCCCCAAACUGGAAGAUGCAAUUCCUGAAGACAAUCUGAGAGUAGACAUCAUUUUUGAUGUCUCAUGGUCGCCAGCUGCCGAUUCAGACGAGGACAUGAAUGACCCCGAAAUGGUUAAAGAAGCUUUUGUGAAGUUCAAAGGUUUGAACUAUGAAGACUCAGUCUGGGAAGUUCCUCCUCAGUCCCACGAAACUGAGCGAUGGGAGAACUUCGUGUCCGCAUUUGAAGACUGGCGACGCCGAGACACGGUCAAACCUCCAAAUCGACAGACGCUAAAGCUUCAUUUUGAAACUCUUAGGAAGUUCGAUUUCGGGCGACAGCUUCUUUUGGAUUCCCAACCCGAGUUGAUGACCUCUGGUGAACUCAUGGACUAUCAACUCGAAGGCAUAAAUUGGCUUUACUACAUGCUCAUCAGCCAACAAAACGCUAUUCUAGCAGACGAUAUGGGACUUGGAAAGACUGUUCAAGUCAUCGGCUUAAUUGCAACCCUCAUUAAGAAGCAUGCCUGUUGGCCGUUUUUGGUGGUUGUGCCAAAUUCAACGGUCCCUAACUGGCGGCGGGAGAUCAAGAAAUGGACACCGGGUGUACAGGUUGUAACCUACUUUGGCUCCGUGUUUGCGCGAAAAAUGGCCAAUGAACAAGAAAUGUUUCCGAACGGCAGCAGGGAUCUCCGGUGCCAUGUUGUCAUUGUUUCUUAUGAAAGCAUGGUUGAUGACGAGGCACGAAGGGUACUGAAUAGGAUUCAGUGGGCAGGUUUGAUUGUCGAUGAGGGACAGCGCCUCAAGAAUGACAAAACCAAUCUUUAUGAGCGUCUUUCUCGAAUGAAGUUUGACUUCAAAGUUCUCCUUACCGGCACACCUUUACAAAAUAACAUUCGGGAGCUGUUCAAUCUCAUUCAAUUCCUCGAUCCUGAGAAGAAUGCCGAUGCCCUCGAAGAAGAAUACGGAGACCUCACAUCAGAGAACAUCCGAGCGCUUCACAAAAUGAUCCAGCCAUUCUUUUUGCGCCGUACCAAGGCUGAGGUAUUGCCAUUCUUACCACCCAUGGUUCAAAUCAUCGUGCCCGUCUCGAUGUCAGUUGUGCAAAAGAAGCUGUACAAAUCUAUACUGGGGAAGAAUCCUCAGUUGAUCAAAGCUAUUUGCCAGCAACAAACUGGCCAUCUUAAGAGGCAAGAAAGACACAACUUGAAUAACAUUCUCAUGCAACUGAGAAAAUGUCUUUGUCAUCCAUUUGUUUACAGUCGCGAGAUUGAAGAAGUCACAAACGAUCCCACCCUGGCUCAUCAACGUUUGGUCGAAGCUUCUGGUAAAUUCCAGUUGCUAAAUUUGAUGCUGCCGAAGCUUCGCGAUCGUGGCAAUCGUGUAUUGAUUUUUAGUCAGUUUCUUGAGAAUUUAGACAUGGUCGAGGAUCUUCUAACUGGAAUGGAGCUCCGUUACUGUCGUCUUGAUGGUAAAUUAUCUGCUCGAGAGAAGCAGCAGCAGAUUGACAAAUUCAAUGCUCCUGAAUCUUCCUACUUUGCAUUCUUGCUAUCAACUCGAUCUGGUGGUGUCGGUAUCAACCUUGCCACCGCCGAUACCGUCAUAAUCAUGGACCCGGAUUUUAAUCCAAAGCAAGAUAUGCAAGCGUUGUCGCGUGCCCAUCGUAUUGGACAACAGAAGACAGUUCUUGUCUAUCACUUGACCACGCCGGGCUCUGUGGAGGAAAAGAUCAUGGAAAGGGGAAAGAAGAAAAUGGCCCUAGACCAUGUGCUGAUCGAUCGCAUGGAAGAAGAAGAAGACGACACAGACUUGGAAUCUAUCCUUCGCCAUGGUGCUGCAGCUUUAUUCAACGACGAUGAUCCGGGUGACCACUCCUAUGACUCUGAGUCAAUGGAUAAACUCCUGGACCGCAGUCAGGUAGAGAAGGCCGAGAAGGUCGCACAUGACGACGCAAAUCCGACGGAGGGCCCAAGAUUCAGCUUUGCUCGCGUUUGGCAAAAGGAUCGCAACACCCUAGAGGAAGUAGGUGAGACUGAAGACCUGCCCGUAGACUCAACGGUCUGGGAGAAAAUUUUGCUCGAGCGUGAACAGGGUGCUUUAGAGGAAGCAUCCCGCAAAGCUGAAACCCUUGGUCGUGGGAAACGAAAGCGUCCUAGAAUCAGUUACGGGACCAGAGAAGAGGAAGCCAAUGACUUUGACGAUACCGCGUCGCCUCUGAAUCUCUCGCUAGUCAAAAUACGAAAGAUUCGAGACGGGCCUGGUAGCGACUUCGAGCUUCAGGCAGAUGACUAUGCAGAAGAGACCGACUCGGAUCCUAGAGCUGAUGCGAUGGAAAUUCAUGGCCUGACACCGCCGAAAAAGGGCCGCCCAUUCAAGCGCGUUGAGUACAUCCCCUCUCUUGGACAAUUAGAUCUGGGUCUAGACGGUACUUCGGAUUGCGAGUCGAUUUGUAUCGGAUGCAAUCGUCGCCACCCAUCCGGUCAAUGCCCAGUGAAAGCAGCUGGCGUCGAAAACUGUCCACUCUGCGGACUCGCACACUUUGGGGGACGCCGCAUCUGCCCUCAUCUUCAUUCUAAAAUUCAGAUUGACCGAAUGAUGGACGCACUUCGUAAGAGCAAUGAGCCUCGCGAACUCGUCUCUGCAGCCAAGAAGUAUCUCAAGGGGAUUAUUGGUAAUCUGGCAAUGGCGGAGCGCAAAGCCUCUGGCAGACACUCCUUGAUGCCCGACACGACUUCGACACCUCCAUCCUCUGUUCAAAGUCCUUCCUUGCAACCACUCGGCAACCCACAACAGUUGUAUCAGGCACCUCCUGUACAACAGGCUGUUGCGUCUUCAGCCGUCGCAUCUCCGGCUACUGCAUCGCAGGCUCUUGCCUUGGCCCCUACGGUUCAGCAGCCAUUCCCAGGCAGCACCUUGCCUUCUCCCCAUGGUGGAUUUUUGCAGCAGCAAUACCAAUCACCAUACUAUUCAAACUCACCUGGUGGUUCUCACAGUCAGGUAUAG